CAGUUCGCUGGGAUCGGAGCGGAGCCAGACGCUGGAUCUGCCUCUGGACAAUGUGGGACAGUGAGACGCUCGGAAAGUUGCUCGAGCAGCCCGCAGGGAUGUACGCGGAGGUAGUCUGACCCUUAUCGGAACCGAAGCUGUGAACCGGGCCGGAUAAGCUGGUGUUUUUUGUUCGGAGGAAGCGGCCGCAGCGAUGGGAAUACGGCGCUGAGGAACGGGAGAAAGAAGAUGGGAGUCUCGCUGCGGAGCCUGUUGUUGUUGUGGACUUUUUGUUGUCUUGUCCGAGAUGAACCGCUCCUCCUCUAUGCGAACCGGCGGGAUCUUCGGAUCGUGGACGUGGAGCACGAGAAGGCCAACGCCACGGUGGUGGUGGAGGGCCUGGAGGACGCUGCCGCCGUGGAUUACGUGUACGCUCAGGGCCUCAUCUACUGGAGCGACGUGAGCGAGGAGGCCAUCAAACGGACCUUCUUCAACCAGUCCGGGGCCCGGGUGGUCCAGACCGUGGUACAGGGUCUGACCUCCCCGGACGGGCUGGCCUGUGAUUGGUUAGGGAGGAAACUUUACUGGACGGACUCUGAGAGUAAUCUGAUUGAGGUGGCCGAGCUGGAUGGGUCUCUGAGGAAGGUUCUGUUCUGGCAGGAGCUGGACCAGCCCAGAGCCAUCGCCCUGGAUCCAGAACGAGGGUUCAUGUACUGGACAGACUGGGGUGAGGUCCCAAAGAUCGAGCGGGCCGGGAUGGACGGGACCAACCGGUCCAUCAUCGUGGACAAGGACAUCAACUGGCCCAACGGGCUGACCCUGGACUACGAACAGAACCAGCUGUACUGGGCCGAUGCCAAGCUCAACUUCAUCCACCGGGCCAACCUGGACGGCUCCUCCAGGACGGUGGUGAUCAAAGGGGAGCUGCCUCACCCCUUCGCCCUCACCCUGGACCAGAACACGCUGUUCUGGACCGACUGGACCACCCACUCCAUCCACUCCUGCAGGAAGCUCUCGGGUCAGAACCAGCGGGUCGUCCACUCCAACAUCUUCUCACCCAUGGACAUCCACGUGUUCAGCCCCAGGAGACAGCCUGCCUCAGCCAGCACCUCCUGCUCCCAGAACAACGGAGGCUGUUCUCACCUCUGCCUGCUCUCCCCCACCGGACCUUUCUUCCGCUGCGCCUGUCCCACCGGAGUCCAGCUGCUGGAGGACGGGAGGACCUGCAGAGACGGUGCUACCCAGAUUCUGCUGCUGGCGCGGCGGACAGACCUGCGUCAGAUCUCUCUGGACACGCCGGACUUCACGGACAUCGUGCUGCCGGUGGAGGACAUCCGGCACGCCAUCGCCAUCGACUACGACCCGGUGGAGGGCUACGCCUACUGGACCGACGACGAGGUGAAGGCCAUCCGCCGCUCCCGCCUGGACGGAGGCGACGCCCAGUUCGUGGUCACGUCUCAGGUGAGCCACCCCGACGGUAUCGCCGUCGAUUGGGUCGCCCGAAACCUCUACUGGACCGACACUGGGACGGACCGCAUCGAGGUGACCCGACUCAACGGCACCAUGAGGAAGAUUCUGAUCUCCGAGGACCUGGACGAACCCAGAGCCAUUGUUCUGGAUCCCAUGGCUGGGUACAUGUUCUGGACCGACUGGGGCGAGGUGCCGAAAAUCGAGCGGGCCAAUAUGGACGGGACGGAGCGGAUGGUGAUGGUGAACACGUCUCUGGGCUGGCCCAACGGGCUCGCGCUCGACUACAACGAACACAAAAUCUACUGGGGAGACGCCAAGACGGACCGAAUCGAGGUGAUGGACACGGACGGGUCUGCUCGACGGGUUCUGGUGGAGGACAAGAUUCCUCACAUCUUCGGCUUCACCCUGCUUGAAGACCACAUCUACUGGACGGACUGGCAGCGCCGCAGCAUCGAGCGGGUCCACAAACGCACCGCCGAGAGGGACAUUAUCAUCGACCAGCUGCCCGACCUCAUGGGCCUGAAGGCCACACGGGUCCACGGAGUCCACGGUUCGAACCCAUGUGCCGAGUCUGGCGGCGGCUGCAGCCACCUGUGCCUGUUCACGCCUCACGGCGUGCGCUGCGACUGCCCCAUGGGUCUGGAGCUCCUGGCCGACCUGCGGACCUGCAUUGUCCCCGAGGCCUUCCUGCUCUUUUCCCGCCACACCGACAUCCGCCGGAUCUCCCUGGAGACCAACAACAACAACGUGGCCAUCCCGCUCACCGGCGUCAAGGAGGCGUCGGCGCUCGAUUUCGACGUCACCGACAACCGUAUCUACUGGACCGACAUCACCCUCAAGACCAUCAGCCGGGCCUUCAUGAACGGCAGUGCUCUGGAACACGUGGUCCAGUUUGGACUUGACUAUCCAGAGGGGAUGGCGGUGGACUGGCUGGGGAAGAACCUGUACUGGGCCGACACCGGCACCAACCGCAUUGAAGUGGCCAAACUGGACGGGCAGCACCGGCAGGUUCUGGUCUGGAAAGAUCUGGACAGCCCCCGAGCUCUGGCUCUGGAUCCUGCUGAGGGGUACAUGUACUGGACCGAGUGGGGAGGGAAACCAAAGAUAGACCGGGCCGCGAUGGACGGAACGGGCCGCGUCACGCUGGUGGCCGACGUGGGCCGGGCCAACGGACUCACCAUCGACUACUCGGAGCGGCGGCUCUACUGGACCGACCUGGACACGACCCUGAUCGAGUCGUCCAACAUGCUCGGUCAGGACCGGGAGGUGAUCGCUGACGACCUUCCUCACCCGUUUGGUCUGACCCAGUUCCAGGACUACAUCUACUGGACAGACUGGAGCCAGCGCAGCAUCGAGCGGGCCAACAAGAGCAGCGGUCAGAACCGCACCCUGAUCCAGGGCCACCUGGACUACGUCAUGGACAUCCUGGUGUUCCACUCGUCCCGACAGGGGGGCUGGAACGUGUGCGCCUCCACCCACGGUCAUUGCUCCCACCUGUGCCUCGCCGUCCCCGUCAGAGGCUUCGUCUGCCGAUGCCCCGCCCACUUCUCCCUGAACGCCGACAACAAGACCUGCAGCGCUCCCACCUCGUUCCUGCUCUUCAGCCAGAAGAACUCCAUCAACCGGAUGGUGAUCGACGAGCAGCAGAGCCCCGACAUCAUCCUGCCGGUCCACAACCUGAAGAACGUCCGGGCCAUCGACUUCGACCCGCUCGACAAGCAGCUCUACUGGAUCGACUCCAAGCAGAGCGUCAUCCGCCGCGCCCAGGAGGACGGGAACCAGAGCAUGACGGUGGUGUCGAGUUCUGUGGCCGGGCCCGGUCCGGGUCUGCAGCUGUACGACCUGAGCAUCGACAUCUACAGCCGCUUCAUCUACUGGACCAGCGAGGUGACCAACGUCAUCAACGUGACCCGGACGGACGGCAGCAGGGUGGGCGUGGUCCUGCGGGGCGAGAAGGACAAACCUCGAGCCAUCGUGGUCAACCCCGAGCGCGGGUACAUGUACUUCACCAACCUGCAGGAACGCUCGCCGAAGAUCGAGCGAGCAGCGCUGGACGGAACGGAGCGCGAGGUCCUGUUCUUCAGCGGGUUGGGGAAACCCGUGGCUCUGGCCAUCGACAACGAGGUCGGGAAGCUGUUCUGGGUCGACUCGGAUCUGCGACGCAUCGAGAGCAGCGACCUGUCCGGAGCCAAUCGGGUCGUGAUUGCUGACACGAACAUCCUGCAGCCCGUGGGCCUGACGGUGUUCGGGAACCACCUGUACUGGAUCGACAAGCAGCAGCAGAUGAUCGAGCGCAUCGACAAGACGACGAGGGAGGGCCGCACUAAGGUGCAGGCGCGAGUGGCCUACCUGAGCGACAUCCACGCUGUGCACGAGCUCGACAUGAAGGAUUACCGUAAACACCCGUGUACGAAAGAUAACGGUGACUGCUCCCACAUCUGCAUCGUUAAAGGAGACGGGACGACUCGCUGCUCAUGUCCCAUCCACCUGGUGCUGCUGCCGGACGAGCUCACCUGCGGAGAACCACCCACCUGUUCACCCAAGCAGUUCACCUGCAGUUCCGGGGAGGUGGACUGCAUCCCAAACACCUGGAGGUGCGACGGUUAUGUGGAAUGUGACGACAGCAGCGACGAGGAGGACUGUCCGGUCUGUUCAGAGUCAGAGUUCCAGUGUGACAGUCGGCAGUGCAUCGACAUGAGCCUCCGCUGCAAUGGAGAGAUCAACUGUCAGGACAAGUCUGACGAGAACGAGUGCGAAGUGCGGUGUCCGGCAGAUCAGUUCUCCUGCUCCAAUGGUCAGUGUAUCGGCAAACACAAGAAGUGCGACCACAACACGGACUGCAGCGACAACUCCGAUGAGAUCGGCUGCUAUCCGACGGAGGAGCCGCAGCCCUCGUCCAACAACACCAUCAGCUCCAUCGUCGGCGUGGUUGUAGCGUUGUUCAUGGUGGGUGCCAUCUACUUUGUGUGUCAGCGCGUCCUCUGUCCUCAGAUGAAGGACGACGGCGAGACCGUCACCAAUGACUUUGUGGUUCACGGGCCGUCUGUACCACUGGGAUACGUGCCACACCCGAACUCGCUGUCCAGCUCGCUGCCAGGUAUGUCCAGAGGGAAGUCUGUGAUUGGCUCUCUGAGCAUCAUGGCUGGUGGCAGCAGUGGCCCGCCGUACGACCGCGCUCACGUCACCGGAGCCUCGUCCAGCAGCUCUUCCAGCACUAAGGGAACCUUCUUCCCCCCGAUCCUGAACCCACCCCCAUCUCCUGCCACGGUACGAUCCCAGUACACCCUGGAGUUCGGUUACUCCUCCAACAGUCCGUCCACUCACCGCUCCUACAGCUACCGGCCGUACACAUACCGCCACUUUGCCCCGCCCACCACACCCUGCAGCACUGACGUUUGUGACAGCGACUACACUCCGGGACGUCGAGCACCACUGAAGUCUGCUGCGGCCACCAAGGGCUACACCAGCGACUUGAACUAUGACUCUGAGCCGUUCCCGCCGCCACCGACGCCCCGCAGCCAGUACCUGUCGGCGGAGGAGAACUGCGAGAGCUGCCCGCCGUCGCCGUACACAGAGCGCAGCUACUCCCACCACCUCUACCCACCGCCGCCCUCACCCUGCACAGACUCCUCGUGAGCCUAACCCAUGGACGUGGCUCCGCCCACACAGCACAGCUCUGCCCCCUUUGUACAUAAACAGGAAGUGACUGAAGGGGGUGGGGCAAGAUGACAAAAGGGAAGCAGAGGGCAGCGAGCUGUUGAACUUUUGUACAUUGAAAAGAGAAACAUAUUUAUAUAUUUUCUAUCCAGUGUUUACUGAUGAUGUCACCGGUGACGUCACUGAUGACAUCACUGCUGAUGUUUCCGAUGAUGUCACUGAUGACAUCACAGGGUUUAUAUAAGAAAUUUGUACAUUUUUAACUAUAAAGUUUUUAUUCAGAUCAUCACAGAUAUAAGUUGCCUUAAAGCGUGAAGAAGUCGGGCCGAGAGACAACUGAACCGAUGAAAUGGACCGUUACGUCUCUGCCGUUACCACGGCAACCAGGUCAGCUGUUCACCAACCAGCUGCUGGGUCCAACUGUGAGCAUUACGGGUUAGGACAGCGAACCAUCUGGGACAACUUUCUGAGACGACAUUGUCUCAAAUGGACUGCCUCUGGACAUUAUCUCUUCAAGAUAGUGUUCCAUCAGGACAUUGUCCUCUCAGGACAUUGUCUCCACAGAAUCAUUUUCAGUCAGGACAGUGUUUUGUUUGAAUGCUCUCCUCUGUGUCCCCCUUCGGGACUUUGUCUUCUCAGGACAUCGUCUUGUCAGGAUGUCCCAACCCCGAGCCUCGGUUCUGACCCACUGCAGCACCACAAGGCACAUACUGAUGGCUCGAUCAUUCGGAUCAGAACCAGAGCCACUCUGUUUGACGUGCUGCAUGACGAUGGGAAGCAAAUGGGACGAACGUGUCCCUCUCGGGCCUCCGUCCUCUGAUGGAAACCAAAACAUUUGUCUCUCUCGAGCAGGAAGACCCGACCCGACUCGUGCCUGAGCAGAGACGCCAUCCUGCUCGUGUGUGGAUGAGACGCCCGGCGAGGAGCAGCAGCGUCCUCCGACGUCUCAUAUUUUUGUACCGUCUUGUAGAUAACGUAUUUAUAAGCUAUUUACGGACUCGUUGACCUCAUCGACCACUUCUCAUUCCGUCUUUUUUUUAGACGACGUCCUAUUUUUCUACAGAAUCCCUCAAACGCUGACAAUCAGAAAACGUGGCUGGCGCUCGCACCGGGUCAGCCUGUCCCGUCUGGACCGUAGGACAAAGAAAAACCUCUUAGUUUGGCCUUGCUGAGCCUCUAUACGUUCUCCUCUCAUGUGACCUGUGGCUCCGCCCCCUCGCUCUCAGUCUCUGCACUUUACACAAUGGAUUGAUCCGGUCCAAACGGAGUGAAACCGGUUUUAAACUCACCUGGUUCGGCUGAAACUGAAGGUCCUGCUGCGACAGGAGAAGGUUCUGAUGAGUCUUUGUUGGGUCUGAAAUGUAAAACAGGAACCAGGAUCAAGAUCGGAUCAGAGAAGAUGUUCCGCCUGUCGGACCGACUGAAAGAAGCUUCACAGACUGACAGGAAGUAGAAACGUUGAAGGUUUGUCCUCUGGUCCGGUAGUCGUGUCCGACCCGUCAGGCGCCACCAUAAGCUGUCCUUCUGUUCUGAUGUUUCUUCUUUUGUGAAUUAUAAAGUGCG